GCGACUGGAAGCAGCAAGUCUACACCGAAGCAGAGCUUUAGACCGAAAGAGAAGGCGUAUAGGAGGAGAACCUCCGUUAAGCAAAGAGACAUGAGAUGACAACACAGCUCACAAAACAAGUAUUAACACAUCCUCUUUACUUUUUAUUAACUGUAUUUAUUCUGCAUGUUUGCUGUAAAUGUGUAAAUAGGAUUUUUUUUUUUAAAGUCCUUCGGGAAAGUGGAAGAGUUUGUAUCUAAAUAUUCUUUUAAACCAUAGCAAAACGAUCAGAAGAAAUAACUAAAUAUUAGAAUUUGUGUGGGCAAACAGAAGCUCACCAAAACCACAUAAGAAGAUAGUAAGUCGGCAAAGCUGUCAUCAGAAGAAAAUCAUGUAGAAGAUUGCAGCAAAAGAAGCCAAUGUUAAACAAGUGAAUUGAGUGGUCAUUGAUUCUUACAAAACUUGAGUCUGUUUGUUUUGAAUGUAACAUUAAGUUGAGAUGGGUAGGCGAUCUGUAACCCACUUUUUCACUUGGUGAU